AUGAAUGUUUUAUUUCCACUUAUUGAAAUACGUGUGAGUGAAUAUGUGUCUAAUAUAAUGAAAUUAUUUGAAAAAAUCAGUGAAAAUGGUUAUGAAUAUGGAUCGUAUUCAAUGAUUUGUUUUGCUUUAUUAAAGUUUAAUAAAAAACAUAUAUAUGCAACAUUCGAAGCUGAUGAAAUGGGUCAUAUUACUGCAUUAAGUGUACAAGAACGAGCACUAACAACAUCAGAAAUUGUAAACAAAGACAAGGAAAAAUACAAUAAAUCAGGUGAACCUGUUUGCCUAUCACCACGGAAUUUUCGACUGCCAAAACCUCAUAUUCAACGUGGUGUUAUGGCUAGUAAUGUAUUAGAUAAAAACUAA